AUGGUAGAGCGUGCUGGCCCGGUCGAUGUUGCCGAAGCAGGCGGAUGUUGCCACGACAGGAGGUCCGCUGGCACGUCCGGAUUCCUUGUCGCGAUGCAGCACCCGGGCGUGACCGCGACCCUUCUUGCCAGCUGCCUGCUGGCCGCGAUUGCCGCACCGGUCGGUGCCGCACAGGCCGAGGGCGAACGCCUGCAGGACUGGCCACGCGUGCACAGCGCGAUCGCCACCGACGCCGGCAUCGAACGCCGCGUGCAGCAGAUCCUUUCGCAGAUGACGCUGGCGCAGAAGAUCGGGCAGAUGACCCAGGCCGAGAUCAAGACAAUCACGCCGGAGCAGGUGCGCCAGUACUACAUCGGCUCGGUGCUCAACGGCGGCGGCUCCUGGCCGGGCAUGGACAAGCACGCCAGCGUGCAGGACUGGCUGAAACUGGCCGAUGCCUACCACGUGGCUUCAUUGGCGACCGAUGCGAAGACGCCGGUGCCGGUGAUCUGGGGUACCGACGCGGUGCAUGGCCACAACAAUGUGCUGGGCGCCACGCUGUUCCCGCACAACAUCGGCCUGGGCGCGGCCGGUGAUGCCGAACUGAUCGAGCGCAUUGGCGAGGCGACCGCACGCUCGGUGCGUGCCACCGGCAUCGGCUGGGUGUUCGCGCCCACCCUCGCCGUGGCCCACGACCCGCGCUGGGGCCGCACCUACGAAAGCUAUUCGUCCGACCCGGCGGUGAUCCGCAGCUUCGCCCACGCCUACGUCAAGGGCGCGCAGGGGGCGUUCAAGGAUGACGGCAACGUGGUCACCACCGCCAAGCACUACCUGGGCGACGGUGCCACCGACAACGGCCGGGAUCAGGGUGAGGCGCUGGUCGACAAGGCCACCAUGAUCAACGUCCACGCGCAGGGCUAUUACGGCGCGCUGGCCGAAGGUGCGCAGACCGUGAUGGCCUCGUUCAACAGCUGGAACGACCGCGCCGCCGGAAUCGACUACGGCAAGAUGCACGGCAGCAGGGCACUGCUGACCGAUGCGCUGAAAGACAGGAUGGGCUUCGACGGCUUCGUCGUCUCCGACUGGAACGGCAUCGCCCAGGUGCCGGGCUGCCGCAACGACAGCUGCGCGCAGGCCAUCAACGCCGGCAUCGACAUGGUAAUGGUGCCCGACGACUGGAAGGCCUUCAUCGACAACACCACCGCGCAGGUGCAGAAGGGCGAGAUCCCGAUGGCGCGCAUCGACGAUGCGGUGACGCGCAUCCUGCGGGUGAAGCUGCGUGCCGGGCUGUUCGAACACAAGCCGUCCGACAGCCGUUAUGCGGGUGAUGCCACGGCCGUGCAGCACCGCGAGCUGGCGCGCCGCGCGGUGCGUGAAUCGCUGGUGCUGCUGAAGAACGAAGGCCAUGCGCUGCCGUUGCGCAGAGAUGCGCGCGUGCUGGUGGUCGGCAAGGGCGCCGACAACAUCGGUGACCAGUCCGGUGGCUGGUCGCUGACCUGGCAGGGCACCGAGAACAGCAAUGCCGACUUCCCCAACGCCGACUCGGUGCUGGGCGCGCUGCGCGCCGAACUGGGCGCGGACAAGGUCAGCUUCAGCGCAGAUGGCCAGGGCAUCGACCCGAACACCUUCGAUGUGGUGCUGGCGGUGAUCGGGGAAACGCCGUAUGCGGAGACCAACGGCGACAUCCUUGCCUCGGACACGGUCAGCCACAGCCGCGCCUACCCGCAGGACCUGGCCGUGCUGAAGGCCGCCACAGCGAGCGGCAAGCCGGUGGUGACGGUCUACCUGUCCGGUCGGCCGAUGUACACCAACGACCUGCUCAAUCUGUCCAGCGCGUUCGUUGCGGCGUGGCUGCCGGGCACCGAAGGCAAGGGCGUCACCGAUGUGCUGGUGGCCGGCAAGGGUGGCAAGCCCGCGCACGACUUCCGCGGCCGCCUCAGCUUCCCGUGGCCGGGCGUGCCAUGCCCGGCGCCGAUCGACCAGCCCGAUGCGAAGAAGCCGGCCCUGUUCGCGCGGGGUUAUGGCCUGAGCUACGCCAAGGGUGGCAAGGUCGCGCGUCUGGACGAAGCCAAUCCGGACAGCUGCGGCGAAGUGACGGUGCUGCCGAUCUUCAACCGCGCCGACACGCCGCCGUUCGCCCUGCACGUGGCCGCCGCUGGCGCAACGCAACCGCUGGGCAAUGAUCUGAAUGCCACGCUGCGCUGGCCGGCUGCCAAGCCGGUGGUGCAGGUGCGCACCGUGCAGGUGAACACCCAGCAGGACGCCAAGGAGAAGCAGACGGUGACCGUGCCGCUGGCGUGCUUUGCCAAGCAAGGCGUGGCCCUGGGUGCGGUGGAAGCUCCGUUCGUGGUGACUGCCGACACGCCGUUCGCCGCGGCCUUCACCCAGGUCAAGCUGACCGCCAACACGGCCAAUGCCGAGGGUGCGGUGGCCUGCCCGUAA